AAGCGAAACCAGCAAGGGUUUCCGAACGAUUAGCAAACAGACAGAAGCUAGCACGGAGAUCCGAAUUAAGCCGUUCCAAGGCUGCUAGCAACAAGGCUAAGCAACACCGCAAAGUGGCAGCUGUAGUGAAGAAGCAUGUCAAACCAACAGGAACAGCUAAGAAAGAUGCAAAGAAAGCGACUUCAAAGGCCGGCAGUAGCAAAGCAGUCUCAAAGGCCAAACCAGCAACAGCAGCAGCAGCAGCAAAGAAACCAAUUAGCUCUAAAGGAGGGCACAAAAAGGCGACACCCGGAAAACCAAAGAAGGAUGUGGCUAAGAAGCACGCAGAGAAAACAGCCAAGAAAACCAAAGCCAAAUCUAAGGACAAAACCAAGACAACAAUCCCAGCAGUUAAGAAGCGGAAGACAAAAAAGGAGGAGCUGAACGAGAGGCGGAUGAGGGUCAAGGUGGUGCCUAACAACCAACUGACUCCCAACCUGAACAUCAAGGUGGUGCAGAAGGACCCCAUGUUUGAAGUCAAGAAUGAGUCUGAGAUUCCCGAGGUGUCCAAGUUUGUCCAGUGCAAGCGCAGCAUCCGCGCCGUGCUGACCAACGACAUGAGCCUCCUCAAGAAGCUCAUCGAGAACAAAAAUGUGCCGUCCGUUUUCCACAAACGAAGCGUGUCAGAUGAGAGGACGGCUCUGGCUUACGCGGUGAGGACGGAGAACCAUGCUGCUCUCAGGCUCCUCCUACCUGAGAUUGACAACUACAGAGAGCGGGCCAAGCUACCAGAUGUUGUCAUGGAGUAUCAGAGUUCUGGCCGGGCACGCUUUGCAAAUUCUGGUUUUGGGCAAGGUUUUUUCAUGGGCAGAGGGAACAAAGAAGGGAAUAAUGCCUUCACAAAGGACCUAAGUCAGCGUGUAGACCUUAGGCAAAACUACAUAGAUGAAGUGAUCAAGUGUGGUGUAUCAACCGGCACCAUUGAUUUGAUCUUAGCCACGGACACGGAGGAUGGAGAACCAGAGGACACACUGUUCAAGAGUAUCCACAAGAUAGCUCGAGCAGGCCAUUACAAACUGGCUGGCUACUUGGUUGACAAAGCCAGGCAGUUGUCCCGCCUUGGAUUCAAUAAAGUUCAUCAAGAGGUUCUUCUUGCCAAGCAGCCAGAAGACAUAUCCCGCUGCUUGACAGUCUCCGUCAAGAAGAAGGCUUACUGGGAAGUAGACAAGAUCACUCCUGUGCAUUUUGCUGCCAUAAACCCCAACCCCAAGAUACUGGAUAAGCUGAUGUCCAUUUUGCCAGAGUAUUCUAUCAUGGAUAGCUAUGGAUUGAGGCCCAUCCACUAUGCUGCUGUGUGUGAAGGAAGUGGCCCUCUUGAAUUGCUACUAAAUCGAGGUGUAAAUCCUGAAGACAAACAUACAGGAGGUGUGACCCCGCUCAUGAUGGCUGCGAAAGCUGGACGAGCAAAGAACGUUGAAGUUCUCCUCAAGAGCAUUGAAGAAAAAAGAAAAACCAUUGAAGAAGACAGAAGAAAAAAUAUCGAAAGACUAAGAAAAAUCGCUGAAGAAAAAGGAGAAACCUUUAAAGAAGAAAUCGAGCCAGAAGACCACUCAGGCGUGAAACAAAAGACAUCAGGAGGAAAUAUGGCCAUUCAUUUUGCAUCAGAGGGAGGCAGUGUUGAUUGCAUUCAGAUUCUCGUCAACCACGGUGCUGAUAUUGAGGCUAAGAUGGGUGCCUUCUACAACAACAUAACACCUCUGAUGAUUGCUACACUACAUGGACACUUCCAGGCAGUGGAGGCUCUGCUAGACAUGGGAGCAGUCAUCGAACAGAAAGACAAGUUUAAUCGGACUGCCCUGAUGCUGGCCUGUAUGGAGGGCAACUAUCCAAUCGCCACCCUACUCCUGAGGAAAGGAGCUAUCCCUGAUGCACAGGAUUCCUCAGGGAACACACCGACGCACUACGCAGCCGCCUAUGGCUGGUGGCACUGCCUCAAACUGCUGCUGAAGGCUGGCGCUGAUCCCAACUUCACAAAUGAUUGGAAGACAACUCCUCUGGGUGUGGCGUUCAUGAAGGGCCACAUUGGCUGCUCAGAUCUCCUUCUGGAACAGCCCACUGUGAACGUCAACUUCCGCGACAACAGCGGAGCCACCCUGCUGUCGUUGACCGCAGAGAGCCCCUUGACCAAGGACAUGGUGGACCAGAUACAUUACCUUUUGGAGAAGAAAGCCGACCUGACUCUGGUGGACAUUCACGGCAGAAACGUGUUCCAUUACUUGGCCACAAGUAGUCCACCAAGAGACUGCGACGAUGAAACCAAAAAAGCUGUGAAGAGUGCCAAACAGGGUGUGGCCAAGCUUCUGAUUGAGAAAGGAUGUGAUGCAUCGGCUAGAGAUAAGGAUGGAAACACUGCCGUCAAUAUUGCUCUACAGCAGGUUGGGAGUGGCAAUAUGGAUCCAGAAUUUGUGAAACUGCUACUAGAACACGGCUUCAGUUUGUCCCUGAAUGAGAGAGUGGAGGAUGGAAAGAACGCACUGCACAUGAUGGCUCAGAAAUGUGCCAAAGUUGACAUGGGUGCACUGUUGCCAGUCAUUGCUAAGAAUAUGAAGCAAGAGAAAUCUCGGAUGAAGACAGGUGAUGGGUCUCAUGCCCCAAGGACCGUGACCCUAGAAGAGGCAGCUAAAGUGGUGGAUAACGAUGGCUACACACCCUUCCUAAGAUGUGUGUCUCAAAAGUACCCAAGCAACAAUGCCCAGCAAAGUGCAAAUGUACUCAGCAUGGUGAAGGCGCUUGUUGAAGUGGCCAAGUCUGACAUCAACACUGUUGUGGGUGAUGCUGAUGACAGUUACAAGCAGUACAGUGCACUUCACUUUGUCUGCACACAUGCUGAUGAGAUGUCCACAUUGAACAUGCUCUUGAAGUGGAAACCCAACCUGGAGCUGUUUGAUAAUGCCGGCUUAACCCCGUUGCAUCUGUCAGUCCAGAGAGGCCGAAAGGACGCCGCAGAAAUACUGGUUAAUGCAGGAGCUGAUGUGAAUAAAUGUACAAGAGGUAACAGCACUUCACUUCUGAUCGCUGCCAGCUUAAAAAUGGACGAUAUCUUACCACUCUUGGUGACGAGGGGAGCCAAUGUGAAUGCUGUAGACCCUGACAAUAAGAAGACUGCCCUUCACUACGUGAUGACACCAUUCAGUGUAUCACAUUGCUUGGCAAACUGCAAGGUCCUCCUUAAUGCAGGGGCCGAUCCCAACGCCCUGGAUGCAAAAGGCAGGACGCCGCUUCACUACGCCGUCAAUCUGGACGGGGGCAGUUUUGACGGCGCCCCUAGUAUCUCAGAGCUGCUCAUCAAGAACGGUGCCAGUGUGUUUGUCCGGGACAUCCGUGGUAGAUUGCCUCUGCAUUACGCGUUUGUCAAGAUGAGAAAACACCGUAGCAGGGAUAAGACUGACCCCAUUGAGAUAGUGACGGUGCUCUUAGAUGCCAUGAAGGGUCAGCAGGUGGAUACCCAGGACAAGUUUGGACAGACUCCCCUGCACUGGGCUGCCUACCGGGGGGCCACCAUCUCAGCCAAAUACCUUGUGCAGAAAGGCAAGAAUCUGGAAAUCAAAGAUCGUAAUGGCAACACCCCCUUGGCUAUGACGGCCCUAGGAGGCCAUGAUAGCGUGGCCAUAGUUUUGAUCGAGGCAGGCGCAAACAUCAACAUCACUGUGACAUUUGUUCCACCGGAGUUGGAAGACCUGGCCAACAAGGGGUCGACAGAGCCAAGCAAGUCUUGGAUCUGGAAGCCCUUGAUCCAACCCCAGCCUGUGCCCUUCACUGCCUCGUUUGUCCAGGCAGUGCUGGGCGAGGGAUGGGAGAGCGUCAUCUUUCUCAUCAUGCCCCGGAUGCAGAAAUUCAGACUGUCCUUCAUCAGUGUCAUGCAGGCCAUUUUUGAGGCUCAGAAACUUCAGCUGGCCUGUACCAUGCUCCUGAAACAGCCAGACGAUAAGAAAGUCCAAGCCACCGAUAGCAGAAACCGUAACUUCUUGCACUUGCUCGCCAUACAUUCUAACUUGGAUGACCCAGUCCAAAUAUAUGAAGAGAUUGCCAACCCCCUGCUAGAGAGAGGCGUGAAGUUGUUUGCCAGGGAUGACAAGGGUUGCACUCCUCUCCACUACGCAGCUGCCAACCAGAAUAAUAGACUGUGCAAGCUUUUCGCAGAAAAAGACCAGGCAAGUUUCAAGAAGUGCUUGAGUUGCAAGGACAAUAGAGGGCGCACACCAACAGUUGCAGUCUUCUGGAACAUAGGCCACAGCAAUUUGACUGAGGAAGUCUUAAACCUUUUCACCAGUUAUAAUGCUUCCCUGGACAUCCGAGCCCAGCUUCCAGAUGUGCAGGCUCGCAUCCCCCAGCAGCGAGCGGAUACUAUUGAUGCUUGGUACCACGGCCCCCUGGAGAAGUCGGUGUCCAGCACCCCUCUGAUUCUCAUGAUUCACACCAACGAUUUCAAGGGGUGCAAGUUCCUGUUGCAGAAAGGAGCCAGCUGCAACUACGCAGAUGAGAACGGUCUGACACCACUCAUGCAUGCUGUCCAACAGAAUGAAAUGGAACUCGUGAAGUUACUCUUAGACCAUAACUGUGAUAAACACUUUGAGAGGGGUGAAGGGAAUCUGAAUGCCGGAUCUCUCUCUACCUGGGCUGUCAAUCUGUGGGAGCAGAGGAAAUCGAAGCCCAAUGAUAAGGAGAGGUAUAUCAAGACAAACACCCUGGGAAAAUUAGAUGGCUUGGAUUAUAUCGACCAAGUCUCUGAUUAUGACAUCUCGAAGGCUCUGGAGGAGGAAGACAAGAAGAAGAAUGAGGAGAAGGAUGAGAUGGAGGAUGAGGAGGAGGUUGAGGAGGACGAGAAAAAUAAAAAGGAUCUUGAAGAUGAGGAUGAAAAGGAAGCACUCCUUGAAGCAAGAAAGAAAGAGAAGAGAAAGCAACUGGAAGAGGAAAAGAGACAGGAUGCAGCCAAGAAGUUUGCGGAGACCUCCAAAGUCGACCUCAACGCAGUGGACUCGGCCGGCCGCACUGCCAUCCACCACUUGGUCAAGACUCACUCCUACGGCACGCACGAGAACGUCAUCAUGCUGGACCUCCUGUUCAGGCUGGGGGCCAAGAUAUCGAUGCGAGACAAGCACGAACAGACGCCUCUGGACUACGCCAUGGAGAUGCGCUCGGCCAAACUUGCUAUCGAGCUACAGCGAUUCAUGAAAAUCAAGGAGUCUAAAUGGAAACUCCCCAAACCCACCCCGCUGUCCUGGACGGAUGCCAACCAUUUCAAGGCACACAAGCCCGACUUUAAAGCCGACGCCCAGGCCAUGAUCAAGCAACUGGAGUCAUCGGCCGCUAGAGCGAAGACCAAGGGAAAGAAGAAGGAGGAAGAGACAGGGGCCAAGGUGGAUCCCUUGUCAAACUUCAAGGAAGGAGGAGUGGUCCUUAUGGAUGAGGAGCAAGGAAUACCUUUCGAUGCCCUCCUGACAAGGGUAGAUGUCAAACAUGGCAUGCGUGGGAUGAAUAACUUCUACAAAAUGCAGAUCAUUCACCAGACAGGGAAGGACAUCAUCCUGCUGUUCACUCGAUGGGGUCGUAUCGGUGAGGAGGGGCAAUACCAGCGAACACCCUUCAGCACCAAGGAAGAAGCUAGCAAAGAGUUCCGGAAGAUCUUCAGGGCAAAGACUCGCACCGACUGGGCUGACGUCAAGAACUUCCAGAAGGUUGAUAAGAAGUACCAGCUGGUACCGUCGGAUCCAUGGAGGGCCACUCGGAAGGAAGCUCUGAAGGAAUUCAAGUUUGACUUGGAGUCCAAAGUCCCCUCAAAACUGCCCAAGGUGCUGCAGAAGGCCAUCAAGGAACUGAUCAAACCAAAUGUUAUUGCCAAGGCAUUAUCCGACUCCGGCAUCGACACGGCCAUCAUGAACAUGGGUAACCAUCUGCCCAGAGAGUCCUUACUCAAAGCCAAGGAGGUCUUGGUUAAGAUAAGAGAGGUUUUAGAGCAAGUUGAUGAAGAUAAGAAAGCUUCCACCCGUGAUAUGCUGAAGUACCAAGCCAACAUGGACAAGGUCUGGGAUUUGAGCAGCGAGUACUACCAAUUGAUUCCGUGCGUCAACUUCACAUACGAUAGAAUCCCACCAUUGACUGAACUGCGCACCUUGGAGCAAAACGCUAAGAAGCUGGAGAUACUACUGGACCUUGCCACCACCAACCUCAUCUUGCUGGGGGCUCAGUAUCGGGUCAAAGAAACCAACCCUCUGGAUUACAUCUCCAGUUGCCUGGGCUGUCAGAUUCAAAUCAUGGAUGAAAAUGACCAGGAAACACAGCUCAUUCUUCAGUACAUCGAUAACACAACUGACAAGGACAAGCACAGUGUGUGUGCCAUCUUCCGCCUAGCCAGGGAGGGUGAGGAUAAGGAACUGAGAUCCCUGAAGCUAGACAACCAUCGACUGCUGUGGCACGGCAGCAAGUGCUCCAAUGUCAUCAGCAUCUUGAAGAGAGGCCUUCUCAUAACACCACCGGAGGCGGCCGUCACUGGAUACCGAUACGGAAGGGGCAUCUACACUUCUGAUGCAUUUGCAAAGAGUAUUGACUACAGCAUAGAGUCUUUCGGCAGAAAGAACGCAAACUUUGUGUUCUUAUGUGAGGUGGCUCUGGGGAAAAUGGCGGUGGAUCACAGUGACCCCGACUCAGUCGUGAAGGAUGGCUUUGACAGCCUGCAAGCGCAGAACUACACUAAGAUCCUACUUCCAAGUAGAAACAUCUAUCUGCCCUCAGGUGUCACCAUUCCCUUGGCCAGACUCCAAGAUAGCAGUUCUUACCGUAGGUAUUUUGACUACACCGAGUACGUGGUGCACAGGGAAAGCCAGGUGUGUCUGCGAUAUCUUGUACAAUGUCAUCCGGAUGAAAGUGAGGAUGACGACGACAUUGAUGGUGAAGAUUAUUAUGGCUAUGACGAUGAUGGGGAUGAUGAUGAUGACGAUGAUGACGGUGAUGAUUAGGCACAUCAUAAGCGCAUUGUACUUGUACAUGCGGUUGGCCCUCGCUGACCAUUAUCAGAAUUUCCCGAAAGCAAAGAGCGACAUAAGGCACCAAAAAGUGUUAUUAUAAAUUGAAUUAGCACGAUCAAUUUUAAACUGUGACAAGCAGAUUGUCAAAUUCUCUUAACUAACUUAGAAUGCAAAUGUAUGAUGUCUUAUGGUAAUUUUUAGCCUCUGCUUUAGUAAAAAAAAUUCAACAUUCCAUCAUGACAGUGUGCUACUCUCGACCCCUAAACUGGGGAGUGAACCAGAAACAUGUUUGAGCUGAAGUUAGUGAUUGAGCUUUUUCACAACUUUCGGUCGUGCCUGUAUAACGUCAUUGUUCCAACCAAACGCGAACCAAAGAUUUGGUUUUGUGCAACAUUGGUUCGAUAUGGCUUAAAGGGAAGCAGACGAUAUAUUGACGUCUGGAACCAACAUCUUUUGUUGUAAACAUAGUGACUGGAUACACAGAGGAAUAAUUACGUGCUCUUUUCAAGAAUAUGUUAAGUACCGAUAUGGACAGAAGUAGUUAGUGGCGGGUAAAUAGUUGCUCGUAUCUGAGUCUAUGGAAGUCCACCAAUUAUGCGGUGUCUAACAAAUGUCAAAUAUUACAAUAACAACCAUUUUAAAAGUGUUGGCAAAAUGUAAGCGUGAUGUACAUGUUUACAUGCGCUUCUUACAAAAAAUGAUGGAAAGUAAAUUUACUGGGAGAUAAAUGAAAAUUGUGGACAAGCUUCUUGUUCUGACAGUGUCUUCUCACACCAGGUUAUCACUUUAAAGUCACAAACAUGUUUCUGGGCGGGGUCCCAAAAACAUGCCUUUGGAAAUUGGAAUGUAAAAAUUGGGAAAAUUUGGGAGUGGAAUUUCCAGUUCAUAUAUCGAAUGAUGAUUCAAUGUACAGGGACAAGGGGCAAGGGAGAUCAACAAAGAACUUGGGCAAAAAAAAAAUCUUCAAAAUGUUUAUGAAUUUGAUCUAGUUUUGAAA